UUCAAGCUUUUUAAUAUUUUCUUUUCUAUUGAAAACUCUCUCGUUUUCUUCUUCUUCACUACAACCAGACCAACCCCAUAUAAAAUUUAGCAAGAAAUCUCCCCUUCAAUGGCGUCUCUGACCCCAAUUUACCAAUCCCACUUCCUUUUUAAAAGACCCAACUUUACGCCCCCUCCGCCUCCCAAUUUCUCUUCCAGUUUUAUCCCCAAGCAUUUUCCAUAUUCCAAAACUCAGUCUUUUAAACUUCCCAGGAUGGCUAUUAGGAACUACGUCGUAUCAGCCACGACGGCGGAGAAGCCACGGAAGAGGUACCCUGGAGAGGCUAAAGGGUUUGUGGAAGAGAUGAGGUUCGUGGCUAUGAAAUUGCAUACGAGAGAGCAGGCAAAGGAAGGAGAAAAGGAAGUGAAAGAGCCCGAAGAACGGCCCGUGGGGAAAUGGGAGCCCAGCGUUGAUGGUUACUUGAAGUUCCUUGUGGAUAGCAAGUUGGUUUAUGAUACCCUUGAAGGGAUUAUUGAUAAGGCUGCUUUUCCUAGCUAUGCUGAAUUCAGAAACACUGGAUUAGAAAGGUCUGAAAAAUUGGCAAAGGAUUUAUGGUGGUUCAAAGAGCAAGGUUAUGCCAUUCCAGAACCAUCUUCUCCUGGUGUUACCUAUGCCAAGUAUCUUAAAGAAUUAUCUGAGAAGGAUCCUCAAGCAUUCAUAUGCCAUUUCUACAACAUUUAUUUUGCCCACUCUGCUGGUGGUCGGAUGAUUGGGAAGAAGGUAGCUGAGAAGAUACUUGACAAGAAGGAGUUGGAAUUUUAUAAAUGGGAUGGUGACCUUUCCCAACUUUUGCAGACUGUCAGGGAUAAGCUGAAUAAAGUUUCCGAGGUAAUUUUCUUUGUAUUCUUGCAGAAUGCUCUUGUAAACUCCAUUGUGUGUAUGACUAACACCUAUAUUCAUCUCUGGAAGUUCAGAGAUGGACUAGAGAUGAGAAGAACCACUGUUUGGAAGAAACCGAGAAAUCAUUCAAUUAUUCUGGGGAAAUCCUUCGACUAAUAUUGUUAUAGCGUGCAUAACUGAAUUGUUGUUCUGCUCUUGUGUAAGUACAGGCGUAAGCCAAAAUAUGUCUGUUACUCUCGGUUAAACCCUGGCUUUUUCUUCUAUAAUUGUUUCGUUCAAAAACAAAAUGACUUUCAUUGUCCAUAUCACAAUUUGAAUAAAUCUAGAAUUAUGAAAUUAGGCUAAAAUAAUCUGAUACCAGCUUGACAGUUGACCCACUGGAAUGCCAUUAAUCUACUGUCCAAGUUCCAGAAAACAUUCCAACCGAAAAAAAAAAAAAA